AUGGAAACGAAACUAAAUGCUGAUGAAAAAUGCAUGAUUAUGCUGAAUCGUGACAUGAGGUUACAACAUAUUGUGUAUGCUGUGAUGUUGCACAAUCGUUUAUGUGAAUAUUUGCCGGACAGAGCGUUGCACAUUGCUGGAAUAAUAAAUAAAGAAUUUGGAACAUUUUAUUCUGGAAUUGAUGUUCGAUCAAUGUUUGAUGUCGUAUCAAGUAGACAAUCAUUAGGUUGGUUUUUUAAUAUUGGUAUUAAAAGUAUGCUUCGAAAGUAUCAAUUGUCAUGUGUUAAUUCAUUUGUAACUACUAUUGAAAUAUUGCCAUUUACAUCAGUCACAUAUAACGCUACGAUCUAUGAUUUAUCAAUGAUGCAAGAUGAACGGACGUCGGCAGUACAACAAACUUUUCAACAGGCGUUUUUAGAUCGUAAAAAUUUUCAAUCGGCGUUUUUAGUUUUUGGUGCUUGUCAGUUUAAGUUUUUCAUGAACAAUUCCUAUACGAUUGAAAUUCCAUUUUCGUUAGAUAAAGUGGUGUUGAAACGAUGGUGUGAAGGCAUCAAGAACGAAAUGUGGAAACUGUUUGUCAUUAUGUGGGGUAACCACAAAGAAACAAGAAAAUGUGGAUCGUCAACGUGUUCUUCUUGCUUUGUUGUCGACGGACAGCAAAAAAUUGACCGACCCAUUUGUCGAUUCAAAAAUGUUGUUAAAGAAAAUUAUGAAUUAGGUGACGUGUUUGUGGGUUGUGGUGAAACACCUAUAGCAGAAUCUCAUUUCUGCGAUACUCAUUCGUAUAUUGGUGGUACAAGUACCGAAGCAGAUGGAAUGAUUUUAGAGGCAGAUAAUGAUUGCCUGGAUAAUCCUGUUUCUGAUUGUAACGUGUCACGUAUCGAACCAGAAACAAAUGGUAAACGAUUGACGAGUUGCGGAUCAAAUUGCCGAUGGGCAUGA